UCUCUGCCCGCGUGCACUGGCUAUUUUUUGCUUCUUGCACGCAGACAGUUUGUCAGCAGAAGUACGGAAUAAUUGGGCGGCAUAGAUUGUUCUGAAUUGAGUUCCAUGCGCCUUUGGCGCCUGCUCAUUUCCUCCCAACACAACCAGUCGGGACACUAUUUCUCCUCACGAGCCUUAGUGAAGCACAAAUUCUGUAAUGAAGUGUCGCGGAAUUCAUAGUGUUCCUGAUUUCUAAAUUUUGGAUAAUCGCCCUCAAUCACUAUCUAACUGUGAAUAGAUAAUGCUUGGGGUAUAGCUUUCCUGCUAGUCGACAAAGCUAAAGUAAUGAGCGACACGGAGAAACCGACCGCUAGUGCUGGUCUGCUGGACAGGUUCUUCCCGUCCUCUGCUAGCGAGACGACGAAAGCGUGCAGUGCAGAUGGAGACGAUGGGGACACGUUCACUGUGGAUACAGCCAUGGAGAGGCUGGGAUUUGGCCGUGUACAGUGGAGAGUCACAGCCAUGUGCGGAAUUCUAUGGGCUGCGGAUGGUGUUGAGUCGACUAUUCUAGCCAUAGUUGCGCCGGAAGCACGCUGUGUGUUCAACAUAUCGCCAUGGUCGGAGGCCCUUCUCACUACUGUUGUGUUUGCUGGUAUGCUGGUUGGAGCUGCUCUUUGGGGCAGAAUGGCGGAUAUCAACGGACGACGACUGUGCGUAGUAAUAUCAACGGUGGCCGUUAUCUACUUUGGUCUGUUGAGUGCCUUCUCCGUGUCCUACCCAUGGCUGCUGGCACUCAGGGGAAUCUUUGGAUUCGCCAUGGCCGGUUUGCCUCAAUCAGUGACGUACUUCAUGGAGAUGGUGCCAGUGAAGACCCGUGCUGCGUGCAGUGCAUUCCUGCAGCUUGUGUACAGUCUUGGCAUGAUAGGAGCGGCUGGCAUGUCGAUUGGCAUCAUGUCGGCGCUGAACUGGCGCUAUUUGCUCGCCUUCUCCGUGUUUGCCUACAUCCUGGUCUUGCCGCUCGCACUGACAAUACCUGAAUCACCACUCUACUAUAUAUCACGUGGCAAGCUUGGUUCAGCAAUGGACUCGCUACAAGACAUUGCUCGUGGCAAUGGCAAAGAGCUGCCCAGUGGACAGCUAGUAAAACGCUGUAAUGCUCUCAGUACCGAAGGACUGGAUCAGCCGGCAAAGGCUCAAGCGGAUGCUCAUGGCAUACUUGAUCUGUUCAGACCACUCAAAGGAUUGGUCACCACGCUUCUCCUCUGGCUGAUAUGGUUUCUGAUAGCUUUCACGUAUUUCGGAGUGCUGCUCAUGACAACAGAGCUGCUAGAAAUGUAUCACGGCGUAGAUGAUGCCGCGGUGCAGUGUCUAGAUAAGGUAGCCGUGGAGAAGGUUGGAGACUGUCAUCAUUUGGACAAGAAAGACUACUUGGAUGUGCUUUGGACAUCUUUAGCCGAGCUACCCGCCAUUGCGAUAUGCUAUGGUUUGAACCACAUCCUGCGGCGGCGUGCCAGUAUUGCCGUGCACAGUGUGUGUGCUAGCGUGAUGGGUGCCUUCCUCAUCAUAUGUCCACUCUCAAGGGCUGGUGUUGUUGGAUUGAUAUUUGGAAUGCGCUCGUUCCUGUCAUCAUUAUUUAUAACCAUGUACCUGUAUACAUCCGAGGUUUAUCCCACGGCAAUGCGUGCUACAGGCCUGGGUGCCGCGUACACCUGGGGACGUGUCGGUGGUAUUACCACGCCAUUCAUUUCACAGGUGAUGUUACGCCAUACCAUACGUGGCACAAAGCUAUUCUACGCUCUCACUUCGCUACUCAUUGGCGUUGCCGGCUUGCUACUGCCGUAUGAGACAAAGGGUCGUAGCUUGGAGGAUGGCUGGGGUACCUGACAGCUUUGCAGCAUAACGUCAGGAUAGCCAGGAGUGCUGAAACGACUAGCUACCCUGUUGGUUGAUGCCUGCUUCGAGUCAGCACGCUCAGGCUGCUGCAAGCCGGGUAUUUAUAUCCAGGUGGAAUGCAACUAAGACCUGCCCAAGGUCUAAAAGAGCAAACUGUUGUCUUGGGACUACGCACUAGUGUUCCGACGUGUUUAGCCCUGAGUCGGCUAAUCCUUGAUUGAGAAAGCUGGCUAGUCAUGUUGCUCUGGUAUGCACCCAUGCACUAUUAAACAGUCACCUGGAACUAAAAAAAACUUCACCCAAAGGGUUCUUUUGCACAAUGCAGUUGACUCAAUUUCCUAUAUUUCCGAAACACUGAGGCGAAGACGUAUCUGGAUUUCUGUGUGUGUGUGUAUGCAUGUUUUUGGGCUGACGUCAAUAGCAAGUUGCUGCAGGUUAUGUGGUGCGUUUUGACUUUUGAGAAAUAAACUGUACCAGCGUAUUCUCUGUGAUUCAAAACUAGUAUGAGACGCAGAGAACAAUAACAGUAGGCAAUCUUGGCGUAUAUCGCACUUUGCAAGCGGGACGUUCACCAGUUAUUUCUCUACCAGCAUGGGCAUGUAAUCAGCUGGUUUUGGCGGUGCAUUCGACGCUAACGCGUUGAUGGCAUUCUUAUGAACCGUGAUCAUCAAUUAUUAUUGGACUGCCAUGAUAUCUAUUUCCCACUAUCAUUACAAUGUGAAUACAAUUUCCUACGAUUUCAACAGUCCUAAAUAAGUUCCUGUGUUCACACAAGUGUAUUCCUUGAUAUUUCUAACCCAAACAAUUUCUUGUCAUGACGAACAAAUUGAUGUUAUUGGUGUUUAGCACAUUCUGUGUGCUGAUUAUUAUCAAUUUCUCACACUAUUUUGUGCAGCAAUUCAUACAAAUUCCUGCAAAGCGGACACCGUAAAUUAUUAUUUUGCUGAGAACUUGCUACUGUAGUGGUUUGGAUUUGGAGGGAAUUGUUUGUUCAUGA